AUGAGUGCACAAAGUGUAGCGGAGCCUCUGCGAGGGGAGGAUCUGGACUUCUACAAGAACACCCUCUUCCAAUGGGUGCAAGACUGUCCUAUAUCACUCACACCAGGCGCGGAAAUGAUGCACUCGUUGCGGAAGGAGCUCAUUCGGGCAGAACAAGGUGACGAGUCCGCUGAAUACCGGGUUGCUGUUGGCGAAAUGUUUAAGGUUGUGACAGACUCCUUGAUAUCGGCGGCUCACCGGAGUGCGCCCUACGCCCACAUUGACCGAAGCGCCCCUCGCGACUACCACGUCACACGGGACGAAGACGAAUUGUUAAUGGCGGACGGCAUUCUUGACUCGGACGAUGAAGGUGAUGCGGACAGCGAGUCUGAUGGCGGGGGUAAGCCAUCAAUGAAGGAUAAAGAGCAGAGACAGCGAAAACGUGAGGAGCUGCGGAGGAAGCGUGAGGAAGAAGAGGCAAUGCUUCUUAAUCAAAAGAAGGUGCCGGAUGAUAAAGGAAAUCUCCUCAACACUCUGGGACCAUUUCCCGUCCCUCGCCUCACAGUGAGGGCUUCUACGUACACCUUCCCCAGUCGGAAGGCUCUGGAACAGCGCACUGCCAUACCAUCAUCCAAGUCGUCAUCGGAUGAUGACGAGGAUGAGAACACCAUGGGGAGCGCACCGUUGCCGUGCUCCUCAGGCGGUGGUGAGGCUGUGGCCCACUUGACAGCCUUCAUGAAGCCACUGUCUAUGGACUCGCUGAAAAAAGUCAGCGAAAGUGCCAAGGUGAAGGUAAAUCCCUCAUCAUCGAACCGAGAGUGUAUCACAAAUAUUGUCAAGACGGCUGUUCGGCUUGGGUGCGAAAAGGCAUGUGUUCUCAUGGACAAACACAAAAUUAUUGAGGAAAUGACCAACCACGUGCAGACUGGUCCUCUUCAUAGCGCAGCUAGCAUCGACUUCCUACAGUCCCUUCCCGAUCAACUGAAACUUGCCCUGGGUCAUAUGUUAGGACUCUGGGAGGAAAGUCCACCAGUAGAGGCGAUGUGGGAGCGUAUGGUAGCCAUGGGCUUUUUGGCGGUUCUCACAAAUCUCCGCCUGAAACCUCUCAAGAAGAUUGCGUCGGAAUUAGGGGUUUCAAUGCCUGACACAAAUUCCACAGAGAAAUUUUGCGAGUCCAUCGUAUUCGCUGCUUUUCCACGGGAACGUAUACGUGCAAAGAAUUCUCGAGCUAAGAAGCAGAAGACUCUGAAUUUUACAGUUCCGCCAUCUGGGAUGCGGUGUAAGGGAGAUAUGGGCUUCAUCACCUUUCAGGUGGAGAACAUUUCCAUCUUACCAAAGGACAAUGAACGACGCUAUUCACCUGAAUUCGAGUAUGGUCAGUUAAAGUGGAGCCUCCUCUGCAUGGCUAACAAAGAGUUUCUUGCCCUUUAUUUGUGUCAGACUGGGAGCGUGUACUGCAAGUUCUUGAUAACAGUGGUGAAUCAUGCCAACCCGGACGACUCCAUCUGCAAUGAAGGUACACAACGCUUUUCUACGCGUUCCCAGGAAAACGAUUGGGGUUUUAAUACCGUCAUCAAGUUGGAGGAGUUACUCAAUGUGAGAAAGGGAUUUUGGACAGAGGAGGGUGACAGCAUUACAAUUGAAGUUGGCAUCGUAUUGGUGGAGGCUCCGAAACCGCUCAACCUCGCAAAGAAUAUGUCUAACAAGGACAAGCCAGUCGGCCCAAAGGUGGAUGAAAAAGCCAUGCGGCAGCUUAUAGAGGAUGAGAAAAUGGCACAAAUGAGGAAAAAGAUUAAACAGGAGAUCACCAAAGCCACAAAAGAGGAGGAAAAGACGAGAAAGGAUAUUGCACAACGAGCUAGCAAAGGAUUUCAUGACCUGGUUGAGCACUUCAAGAGUGAAAAGCAGCGUAUCAUCAAGGACCUGGCGGAGCGAGAGCGGCGUGAGCAAUCGGAACGCCAACGUGAGAUUGAAAUAAUCAAACAGGCUCAGGAGCAGAACGCGGAGAUGAAACGACGCAUCGAGGAGCUGAAGAAAGAAAACAUCAGCCUGCUGCGUGAGAAAAAGGACCUGACACAAGAGACCAAGGACUUGAAGAAGGCAAGUGAGAAGUGUGCUCAGGAGCUGCACACCAUAAAUGACAAGAAGGCUGUGCUUCUGCAAAAAAUCAAACAACAGGAAAAGAAGAUCGCGGUUGCACAAAAACAUCUGAACGACUUGAAGCAAGAAGAGCCUCCAACUCCAUCAUCAUCAGACGAUGAGGCGAAUGUGAGCGAUGACAGUGAGAUCAUGUGUCGUUUGAAAGGCACACUUGAGCAGUUCAUAGGAACCGACGGGAGGGGCGUGUAA